AAACCCACCCUCCUGCUUUACUUCUCUCAUCUUCGUCUUCAUCCUUCUCUUCUCUUAAACCACGCCCUAAGCCUUACAACUUUCUCACCACCAGUACGUACUAUACACUUACUGGGUUUCCGAGCUCAUUUUUCUUUUCUUCAAUCAAUAUAUCAACAACAUGAGGAGGAACUGCAAUUUGGAGCUCCGCCUUAAUACUUCCAGUGCUAAUUCCGGCUUCCCUCUUCGCAACCACCGCGACCGCCCCGCCGUUCUGGAAUCGAGUUCUGGAACACCGCAGCAGCAGCCAUUGACGAUCUUCUACGACGGAGUGAUGUGUGUUUCUGAUGUUACAGAGCUUCAGGCUAGAGCGAUUCUUUUUCUUGCAAACAAAGAAAUGGAGGAAAGGUUGAAGACCAGUCCAAGUCCGAGUCCUUGUGCGUCGACUUCUGAACCAUCUUCACCGAGCCUGCACUCCCCAAUAUGCAGCCCUUCCAUGAAGAAGUCACUACAGACGUUUUUGCAGAAGAGGAAGUAUCGGAUUCAAGCAACAUCUCAUCCCUACAAUCACUAGAUUGAGGACAAUAUUAUGUUUGAUAUUCUUUCUUUGUUUGAUUAGUUAGUCGAGAGAGUGUGAGAGAGAAAUGGAAGCUAUAUAUGAGAGAGCUUGUAAAUUAAUCCCUUUAAUUUGAUUCUUCAAGCAGAGAGAUCGAUCCCAAAGAUAGUAGUGGAUCUUGUUAAUUUCAUCACAUGAUUAUUUUCUGUAAGUGGGACGAUGACAUGACUUAUGCCUAAUUUCCCAUUUAUACAUGUUUCUCCAUAUUUCAUAAUACUAC